UGUCGGCGUCGGUCCAAGACGCCAAGCCGAAAUUCGUCAACUUUGCGAUUGGCGGCAUGUCGGGGUAAAAAAUUCGUAUUAUGGUUGCCCGUUACGAAGACUUUUCUUACCCGAGGCGCAAAUAUCUAAAGAGUAUCCCGGCUCGAGACUCACGGCAAUCUUAUUCCGCCAACGACAGAGUAAUGGCACAGGUCACGACGCAUCCGAUGGACGUUCUUAAGAUACGCAUGCAAGUGUCGCACGACACUUUAUGCAACGCAGCCCUGCGUACAUUUCGCACGAGCGGCAUUUGCGGCUUUUACACGGGCCUGAGCGCGGCUCUUCUUCGUCAGUUGACUUACACCGCCAGUCGGCUUGGACUCUACACCACGUUGCUGGAUAUCGGCGAACAACAUUUUGGCUAUUUAAAUUACGUUACGAUGAUUAGCCUCGGGAUGGUAGCUGGCAUGAUGGGUUCUCUCAUCGGCACCCCCACGGAUCUGGUAUUGAUUCGCAUGGUCGCUGACUUGAAUCUGCCGCCAGGUAAUUCUUACUUCUUACCGCCUGUAUCUUUUCAGAAUGAUUUAUAA